AUGCACGCACUCCUUCUAAUACUGCUGCUUAUAAGUCUAGUAUAUUCAAAACCAUCUCUUCUCGUUUUACAUGGCAGUGAUUUAGAUUCUUACACUCAGCUAUCUGAUGAGCUGGAAAAUUCCUUUGAUACGGCGUAUAAGGAUAUACAGAGAAUCAGUCAAUAUGACUUAGAUUACAACAAUCUGCUGCUACUCUCAGAUACACUCCCAACCAACCUCCACUACCCAAUCUUAGAUAAUUUACAACACAACAACAUCGUCAUCACUUCAGAAUCCAACAAUCUAUCAAAUCUAGCUAGACAAUUCAAUUUACAGCUAUCGAACAAACCAAUUACCGCCUUCGAUGGAGCUAAUGAGCUGGAAAUCCAUUCAAACCCACACUCCUGCACGCUAUCUUACAAUGGCCACUCACACUCAUACAUAUCCAACUCACAACUUAUCCAUCCAAGUCUAUCAUCGCCACCCGCAACCUCUCACUCAAAGUCUCACCUCAUUUCAUCCCUCCAAUCCACCAAAAACACCAGAAUGUCUUGGAUUUCCAGUAAAUCCUUCCUUAAUGACACGUCGCUUUCAAACGAAUGUAACAAACAAUCUGCACUCGACGUACUUCUCUGGACAUUCCAACAAAAGGGAGUUGUCAAGGUCACUCAAAUGAAACACUACAAAACGGGUGAAUCAGAGACACCCGAAUAUGUCUACAAUGAUGAAUCGAACUUUGAGCUCCACCUUUCAGAUGAGAACAAUCAGCCAUUCACUACGCACUCGCUCCAACUCGAUUUCACUAUGCUCGAUCCACACAUCCGCGCCCACGUCCCCCCAUCGCACAUCUCCGAAGAUGGUACAUCUAUGGUUUACAAGCUCACUUUUAGAGUUCCGGACCGUCAUGGUAUUUUCAAAUUCGUUGUCGAUUGGAAGAGACAGGGUUACUCAUUCAUAGACGAGCAGAUGCGCACUACUGUCGCACCUAUUAGACACGACGAACAUCCACGCUUCCUUAAUCACGCUUGGCCUUUCUAUUCAGGCACCCUCUUUACUCUCGUCUCUUUUGUCGCUUUUGCCGCCCUUUGGCUCAGUUGGGAUGAUAAGAUUAAGGGUAAAAAGAGUGACUCAAUCAUGAAACUAUUUGAGGUGUUCGACCUGUGCAAAAGGUUUGCUAAUAAGCAGUCACACCCCAAGUUGACAAAGAUACAUCUCACAAUAAACGACAUCAACGCAGAUGGCGCAUGGGAGAAAGACUCUGCUCAAGUUUAG